GAAGAAAACUCUAUCAGUAUUCGGAGAGCCGCUAAGCGAAACGGUCAUUAGAAAUUAAGAGUGAUUUUUAAAAUAAAAAAUUAAAUUUGCAUCAUGUUCAAAUCCCGCUGCAAAACGGAAGGUGCUCCAAAUCCCAGACGGGCCUUUGAAAUGAAACAAUAUGCUGCCGCCGAUCCAAAUAUUCCAUUGCAAAAAGAUUGGUCCGAAACCUGGUGUACCUUGCCACAACCCUUCGACACCGUUCUCGGGGAGGUUUUAAACUAUGAAGUGCGGCCGGAUGAUGUCUUUAUUGUGACAUUUAUCAAGUGUGGCACCACCUGGAUGCAAGAGACCGCCUGGUUGUUGUUGAAUAAUUUAGAUUUUGCCAAGAGCAAAGAAUUGCCCCAGACCCAGCGUUCACCGUUUUUGGAUUUCCAUGGCAUUGUCACCACUGCUCCCAAUGUCGUGGAAUACAGUAAAACUCUGACCAGUCCCCGUUUACUGAAGACCCACAUGCCAGCGAAUUUGGUGCCCAGGCAGAUUUGGCAACAAAAGACCAAGGUCAUCUACGUUGCUCGCAACUGCAAAGAUGUCGUUGUGUCCUCCUAUCAUUUUGCUAAAAACCUACGCCUGUGGGCCGGUGAUAAUAUCGAAGAUUUUGUCACCGAUUUCCUCAACGAUGAAAUUUUGUACUGCAACUAUUGGUCACACAUUGUGGACUUUUGGAAAAUGCGCAACGAGGAGCAUAUCUUUUUCGUUACCUACGAAGAAAUGAAACGGAAUUUGGGUGGAGUCGUACAGAGGUUAUGUGAUUUCUUGGGUCGACCUCAGCUGAGCGAGGAGGAGUUGCAGAAGACAUUGGAUCAUUUGUCGUUCAAUAAAAUGAAAGAUAAUGACAAGGCAAAUAUCACGACAGUGUUGAAACAGCACAUAACAACGGCCAAUGAUGAUUUUCAAUUUAUGCGCCGUGGUAUUGUUGGCUCUUUCAAAGACGAAUUGACACCGGAAUUGCAAGCGAAAAUCGAUAACUGGUCCCGGGACUUUUUGGCCAAGCAUGGUCUGACGGAGGAGGAUAUUUUUGGAAAAUUAUAAAUUCUUGUUGUUUUUAUUUAAAUUUAAGUAGAUUUAAUUUUUUUUUAGAUUAAUUUGUUAAUUUUUUUUUGUACAAAACCAAGGCUUUUCAAUUUAAAUGUCUUUAUAUGACGACACCAGCUUACCUAUUAAGCCUUCUUCAGCUAGCCUACAAAGAUAUACGUCCCUUCAGCUCGUCCAUAAAUUUCCUGGUCAUUUAGAUUUCCUAUAGCGCCUCCAUGUCAUUUUGCCCUGUCUAUAAAGUCUGCUAGGCCCUUCAGUUUGUCUAUGGAGACUACUUGAAUCUUCUGCUCUUCUAAAAGAGCCAUAAAGUCUUCCUUGACCUUUAGCUCGCCUAUAAGAUUCCCUGACCCUUUAGUUUUUCUAGAGCGUUUUCAUGGCUCCUUGUCUACAUAUGGAGACUCGUCCACCUUUCAGUUUAUCUAUCGAGAUUCUUAGCCGUUUGUCUGAAUAUGAAGUCCCCAGCCCCUUAGUUUUUUUUGCAAAUCAUACCUUGAGUUUCACCACACCUAUAAAUAUAUCCGUCCCUUUAGCUCGUCCAUUUAGAUUUCCUAUAGCGCCUCCAUGGCUCUUUGCUCUGUCUAUAAAGUCUGCAAGGCCCUUUAGUUCGUCUAUAGAGACUACUUGAAUAUCCGACUUUUCUAAAAGAGCCACAAAGUCUUCCUUAACCUUUAGCUCGCCUAUAAAAUUCCCUGACCCUUUAGUUUUUCUAAAGGGUUUUCAUGGCCCCUUGUCUACAUAUGAAGACUCGCCCGCCUUUCAGUUUAUCUAUCGAGAUUCUUUGCCGUUUAUCUGGUAUAUGACGACCCCAGAGCCCUUAGCUUUCCUACAAAUCAUUCAUUCUUCUAUAGAUUUGCGGAUCCUUUAGAUUUACUAUAGCUUCUCCGUGGCCUUUUGCUCUGCCUAUAAAGUCUGCUAGGUCCUUUAGUUCUUCUAUGGAUACUACUUGAAUCUCCGGGUCUUCUAUAAAAGCUUCAAGGCCCUUGGUCUCGUCUACGGCGACUUCAUAUCUUUUAACCUCCUCAGUAUUACAGAGAAAUUCUAAGGACAUUUUUUGGAAACAUUUUAAGCAUCUUGGAUAUGGAUUUAAAAGACCCCAUCCCCCUCACCUUAACUAUGAUUUCUUCCUAAACCUUCAGUUAGCUUACAAAGACAUGCAUACCUCUAGCUCGUCUAUAGCUUCCCUGGUCCUUUAGACUUACAAUAACGUCUCCAUGGCCUUUUGCUCUGUCAAUAAAGUCUGCUAAGCCCUUAAGUUUGUUUAUAGAGACUACUUGAAUCUCCGACUCUUCUAUAAAAGUUCCAAGGCCCUUGGUCUCGUCCACGGCGACUCCCUAUCUAAUAAGCUCUCCCGUAUUGCAGAGGAAAUUUAAGAACAUAUUUUUCGGAAACAUUUUAAGCAUCUUGGAUAUGGACUAUAAAGACCUCAUCCUUCCUCAGCUUACCUAUAAUUUCCUCCUAGACCUUCAGGUAGCUUACAAAGGUAUCCAUACCUCUAGCUCGUCUAUAGCUUCCCUGGUUCUUUACAGAUUUCCUAUUGCGCCUAAAUGGCCCUUUGCUCCGUCCAUAAAGUUUACUAGGUCCUUUAGUUUGUCCACAGCGACUACUUGGAUCUUAGGUUCUUCUACAAAAGCUCUAAGUCCCUUGGUUUCGUCUAUGGCGAUUCCCUAUCUAUCAAGCCCAUCAGAGGAUUUUUUAAAGACAUUUUUUCUGUAGAGUUUUCAACCUUUUGGGGUUUGACUUUUGGGUCCUAUUUUUUUUGGAAAAGUGUUCUUUAUUUCCUGCUUAUAUAUGUCGGAAUAAUGUAGAAAAAUUUUCAUCAUGUAAUUUUACAAUGGAUGUUGAAAUACACCUCAGUUCGGAACCUCAACAUCAAAAUCAAGCAGAUUUUGGGUGUUAAGUUGUACCUUUUGAGAGUUGGAUUGUAUGGCCUAAAAUGAAGUAUUUUACAGAAGGGUGGUGUUGAAGGCAAAAAUAUUCCCCAUAAAAUUUUACCAUAAGUCAUCAACGAACUGAAGGGUAUAAACAAAGUACAUAUCCAUAAAAUAUCUUAAAUAUUUAGUCGUUCUGUUGCUAGAUUAUACAUUUUUUUAUCUAAAUUGGUUUUGGGUCACAAAUAAAUAUUAUAAAACGCUAUCCCGCAAACAAA